UCGGAGCUCGCAAGCAGCGCUGUUGUGUGAAGCCGAGUGUGCACGGCGAGACGAGCGAACACACAGGCACAGCAGCGCGUCGCAACUUCAGCAACUUCGUUCGUUCGUUCAGCGUUAGUUUCCCUUUUUAUUCCCGAUUCUUUCCUUUCCGGCCAGCUCUCGCCUUUUGCCUUGCGGCCAACCGUGUUCGCCACCGUAAAAAAUGGCCAUCCCGAGCUGAGCAUCCGCGCGGCGGUGUUCCACACCCUUGGUCGGUCCAGCAAUCCAAGGUGCUUUCCCGGUCCACCACCUCCCCCUCCCCCCCCACCCGAUCCUGCUCCAGGGAGGCAGAUCCGCGCGGAGAAGGGCAAUCCCGGGAAUGGCCGCUGCUACGGGGUUUGUUGGAUUUCAUCUUGCAACCUAUUUUUUGUCUGCUUGUGCUCGUAUACGUGUAUGUGUCGGUGGUUGGUGGGCCGUAAAAGGGCCCGAGUUCCACUUUUUUCUCGCAGCAGCAGCAGCAGCACCGCCACCACCACCACCACCCGCAGGUCAAAGGGAAGAUUCGUCGCACCGUUUGGUAAGCGUAAAGUGAUUGUAUAUGUGUGCGCGUGUGUAGGUGCGUAUGUGUGCACCGUAAACGAAGUGAAAAUGGGCUUGAGGGGGGGGGGUGUGGGAGAGGGAGAGGGGAGGAAGGGGUGUGUGUGUGUGGGUGGGUGGGCAUAACGCAAGGGCGGAGAAUGUGGGACGGGGUGUGGUAGUGAUUUUCAUUUUCGUAUGAUUUGUGCCCAUUUCUGCGUCUGUGUAUGUGGGUGUGUGUGUGUGUGUGUGUGUGUGUGUGCGUGUGUGCAGAGGAAGGCAGAAUAGCAAUCAUUUUAACUUUAAUUAAAUGUGCGUUUAUUUAAAACAAAAAGUGUUCACAAUUGAAGAUGGCACGAAGUGCAAUCGGCAGAAAAGAAGCAAAUAAAGAGCCACCCACCCUCCUCCAUCACGCGGUGGGUGAAAAGGGUGUGCGUGUGUCCGUGCGCGCAUGUGAACCUGUUCGUGUGUGCGCGUGUGUGUGUGUGUGUCUAUGUAUGUGCGUCGGUGUGUGACAACUUAAAUGCCAACAAAAAGUGACGAUUAUUAAAUCGCAUCGCUGUUGGCCUCCGUGUAUAUGUGCGUGUGUGUCGAUAGAGCGAAAAAAAGAGCUUCCUCCUGUUGGGCAGGGGAUGAAAUAAUUGGGAGAUAACUCUCCACCUCCCUUUCGCUGCACACACAACCUGCCACCUCCUCGAUCAAUUCAAUCGCAGCAAUCAAAUUAAAAAAAAAGAAAAAGAGAAAAACUACGCGUCGUAUGUCACGCAGUGCACGGGCGAGGCGGUGGGUGGCGUUUCUCUAAAACCCCACCCACCUGCACCCUCGCGCAUACGGCCGAAGGCGCCCGAACCCAUCAGCAAAGCGGGCCCAGCAGGGAGAGAAAAUGGCGGUUGGCGGUGCUUCUUUUUGCAAUUUUCUUUUUUUGCAAAUGUAUGCAAAAAACCAGGGGGGGUGGGGAAUGUCACCAAACGAAAAAAAAGAAACGCCUUUUCAAAACGGGGGAAAGUGCAACAUUAACAUAACACGCAUUUCUAUCAUCCUUAUCACGCGUCACGAGCGUACACACAGACACGCGUGAUACAUAUUUGCCCUUCCCGGGUUACCACCCGCCAUUGUUGCCGAUUCCGAUUGUUCUUGCGCUUUUCUUCGCUUGCGAUAACAAGGGGAAAAGCAAAAUUAAAAAAAAAAAACUCCUUCAUAUGCGCGACACAGACACACACUCAUCGGGAAGCGAGAAGCAUCAAAUUUUAUGCUCUGGUUCGUCAUCGUCACCACCACACACAAGCGCCAGUGCACAGAGCAUACACACACACGCACACGGCAGCAAGAAGGAGAGACGAAAAAAAUGUUAAAUAGGGGCGACUCUUUAAGGUGUGUUUAUACAGCGCAAGCCUCGACCAUGUUUCCUUCUUUGCUGCUGGUUCUUCGUUUUAAGUUUUUUUCCCCCUUGUGUGUUUUUUUUUUUAAUGGGUAAUAUGAGCUGUAUGUUGUGAUGACAACAUAGACACACACACACACACACACACAUACGGGUACGGGGUGGUGGGUUGCGUAGGAAAGUGGCCGUUUUUAUGCUAUCCAGUGGGGGAGGAUGGACUGGUGGCACACAGGCCGAGGGUGCGCGCGGGUGUACGCACACGAAUGAGGGCGACGAAAAGGGGGAAAUUAACAUAAUCACCCAAAGAUAAAAUGGGGGAAGAAGAAUUGGGGAGAUGACUAUGGCAGCGGCCAUUAAAUUUGUUGCACGAAAGGAAUUAAACUAUUUCGCUUUUUUUUUUAUUUAUGCUUUUUGUGUCCUUGUUUUUUUUUUUUGGUUUUUUUUCCUCAACGAUCCAACGUGAAGUGUUCGUUGAGUUUGUGUUUUGUGACGAAUUUACCGAGCAAAUGCCAGUCGGGAGGGGAAGUUAAUGAUGUUGGGGUGCAAAUUAGUGUUGGGACCUACCCGUUUCCGUGUUCGGAAUCAAUUCCGUAGCCAAUUCCGACUCUGGAAACGAUUCCAAUUCUGAAGCUAAUCCCGGAGUCAACUCCGAUUCCGGAAUCAGAAUCGACUCCGGGAAUCGCAAUUUGCUCCGGAAUCGUAAUCGGAAUUGACUCCGGAAUCAAAAUCAUUUGUGGAAUUGAAAUCUGAUGUUUCAGAAAUGAAAUCAGUCUCGGAAUCUCCUUGAGAAUGGAUCGUUUAACAAAUAAGUUUGGAUUUUGGAUAGGACCCAAACACCGAUUCUCAUGCAGAUACCGAAACCGACUCCGAUUACGGAACCAAUUCCAAUUCCGGAGCUAAUUCCCGAACCAAUUCCAGAAGCUGAUUCCGGACCUACUAUCCGGAAUCGUUUCCUGAACACUUCUGAGCGAGCUGGAAUUAAUUCCGACGAAAACUUAAUUUUUCCCAUCACUAGUGCAAAUGCAAUUAUUGUUUUUUCCCCACUUCCAUUUCCAUUUCCUGUCCCUUUUCCAUUUCCUCUACAUUGUUUUUCCACUCCCGUUUUCCCCUCUCCCCCUGUCCCGUCCGUUCAUAAUGUUCCAUACCAUCCGUCCGUGCCUGCCAUUAAUCGAAUUACAUAAUUGUGACUCUAAUGAACUCGCUUCUUCGCUCGCCAUAUAUCAAAUCUUACUUACAGCUUUACCUCCAACUAUAUAUAAAUAUAUACAUACACAUAUACAAUCUUUUACCACUUUCCAGCAGUGCGAAAAAUGCACCAAAACAUACGAAAGUAUGCUAAGCAAGCAAACAAAACGAAUGGAUUCUCUUGCAAACAAGCGUUGAUUGCGAUCUGUGUGCGAUUUAAAUAAAAUGUGUACCGUGAAGGCGGCUACACAAUGAAUACCGGAAAAAACACGCAAAACGUACCUUUGGUGUUAUUUUUUUUUACUAUAUAUUUAUAUUCUACAUUGUCUAAAUUGUUUAAAGUGUUGUAAUGUAUUUUGCACCUGUUAUUUAUAUUUACACACACCUUUUCCCCCCCUCAAAAUAUUCCCAGCCGUUAAAUGCAUUUUCCUUUCAAGCGUUGUGAUUAUAUUUAACUGUCUAUUUAAAUUUCAAGUUUUUCAACUGUAUUUUAUGAAAAAAUCAUACUUGUUUCAUCGACCUGUGUGCCCAAUGUAUCAACUUUGCACUGCGUCGUUACAUGUCUUGCUUCUGACACACAUUGAUAAUUUACCAACAUUUUCCCUAGCGAUUCUAUUGUGCCACCAGCUGCCACGUUCAAAUAAAUGCUCUCCAUGAUGAUAAUAUCACCACACAAACGAGUGCAUAUAAAUACGCGUGUGCGCAAAAUACAUCUCUCAAUACUUAAACAAAGCCAUGAUUUCAUCAAGCAAAAAGCAUCGCGAAUGGAUUCUCUUGAACAAACACGUUGGUCAAAAACUGCGAACAAGUGUCAAACCAUGCUAACCCGAAACAUUACUCCCGCACGGCUGGUGUGUGUGUGUGUGUGUGCGCGCAUUUUUCCCAUCCUGCCACGCACAUGCCGCCCGGUCUCGUUUUUUCUCUCUUCUUUCUUUGUUUCUUUUCUCUUUCUUCCCCAAAACCGCAGGAUAAUCCUAUUUAAUGAAACGAACAACUUAGUUAUAAUGAAAUUACGCGAAAAAUUACAUUUUAAGAUUUAAACUUUAGAAAAAGUUUUACAAAAUUAUAAACCUCGCAUUAUUUAUAACUUACAUUUAACUAUAAUUAUAUCUUAAUCAUAUAUAUAUAUAUUGAGCUAAAUAUAUAUGUAUACAUAUACUAUUAAUUAACAAUUACCGGAUCGCGCAAAGAACCCGGUAGAACUUAUACACAAAGGAAGUGGAGGAAGAAGAAAGGAAAAAGGCUCCAUCUUUUACAAUACAACCACGCAACAAACCGCAAACAAACAAAACAGAACGAACGAACGCAAGACACAAAACACCACAAAAAUAAACACACACACACACAUACGCCACAAAAUUACACAAAGAUGACUACUCGCAAACAGACAAAAUUCUCCACCAAAAUUCAGUUCUACCUGAAGCACAGAGAGUCGCGGAUACUGAAGCUAUGCAACGACACGAUCGGGCCGGUGCCAAACGAUUCCCUCAGCAAAGCGAUCUUCAGACUGUUGUCCAAACCGGUAGACAAUAAAGGCAUUAUACAACUUUUUGUCGACAAGGGCCAGCCAACUGCUCAAUCGACUGUCACGAGCAGCAGCAGCAGCAGCAGCAACAGCAGCAGCAGCAACAACAGCAACAACACUGUGAAGACCGUUCUGCCAGAGUAUCAGAAGGAGGUGGAGCGCUUCCACGGGCGCAUCAUCUGCAACGACAACACCUGCAUCAUCGACCCGGUCGCCUCUCCCAAGAACGACAGCAAUUCGGGCAAUCCUCGCACCCACUCGUUCCGAAUUGUCUCGUUCAGCAAGGAGAGCGGCGUCACCGCCGGCGGCGACACGUUCGCGCCCGCCGCCGACGAGGACGACGCGCCGGCAGUGGUCGGUGGUGCCGGUGCGGCGCAGGAGCAGGAGCAGGCACAGAACCUCAUCACCCGGUCGCCGCCGGCCGCACGGUCCCCGUCGGCCGGCCCGGCUGCUGCCGCCAGCGUGGUACCGCUGGCGGGCUCGACCAGCAGCCACAAGGCGAUCCUGAUGUGCUUCAGCUGCAAGCUCAGCUUCGGCACCUGCCGGUCCUUUAUAGCGCAUGCCAAAAUCGAGCACAGUCUCACACUGAACGACUACGAGCGGAUGCUGCUGGAGAAGAACUACAGCAGUGCCAUCAUACAGACGAACGCGGAGAAGCAGUUCUUUUUCCUGGUUCCUUUCGAAGAGAAAUCUUCAGCCAACAGUAACAGUAGGAAGCACGUGGAGGGCGACGAGAGAUACAAGACCAAUAGUAGUAGUAAUAAUGGUAGCAACAACAGCAGCAGCAACAGCAGCAGCAGUAGCAGCAGCAACAGCAGCAGUAGUAGCGGCGGUGGCAACAACAACAACAACAACAACAACAGCAUCAGCAACAGUGCAGCCAGCGCACUCAUCGGACCCGGAAGCGGCACGGCCGUCGGUGGCGGCCCCAUCCUGGGUGGCAACAUCAAUGGCAAUCACAGUAGCAGCACUAACAACAACGGCAGCAAUGGCAACAGCAACAAUCUCAUGAACAGUACCGCCAACAACGGCAUCCUGGGGCUACUCUCGCAUCAACAGCAGCUCCAAGCACACCAACAACAACAGCAACAGCAGCAGCAGCAGCAACAACAACACCAGCAGCAGCAACUCCAGCUACAGCAGCACCACCUGCAGCAGUCUGCGAUGGGUCUGCCGGCGGAUGUGUUCGCGUCCGGCGGCCUCGGGUUCGACGCCGGCGGCAGCUUCCCGAAGCUUGUCGCCAACAAUGCGCUGCUGUACGAGAUGGACAGCAAGCUGCAGCAGAGCUGGAAGCUGGCGGCGGAAAAGUACAGCAACGCGAUGAACGAGAGCGCAGCGAUUGCGGCGGCUGCGGCGGCUGCUGCCGCUGCCGCGGCCGCUGCUGCCGGCAGCGAAGGCGAGAAGAAGGGCGGCGUGGCCAGUGCGGCUGCGGCCGCCGUCAGUGGGAAGCUGCUGACCGACUUCCUGAACCAGCAGAAGAUGCUCUCGUCCGUGGGGGAAAAUCUCUACGGCAAGCAAAACAAGUUCCUCGAGCUGAUCAGCUCGGCGGCUGACAUGAAGCUGAAUCCGCUGGCGGCGGCUGCGGUGGCGGCUGCAGCCUCCAACAAGGGCGCACCCGGACCGGUGGAGCUCGGGGCAGGAGGCGGCGUCGGUGGUGUUGGAGGUGGUGCCGGUGGUGGUGGUGCUGGUGGUGCUGGUGGUGACUUCCAUCUGAAGAAGUACAGCCCGGUCGAUCUGUACAAGCAGCUGAUCGCGAACAACUUCCGCCCGGAGGCGAUGGACGUCGGGGAGGAGCUGAAGAGCGAACAUCAGAUCAGCGUGAAGAAGCUGGAACCGGAACCGUCGACGGCGUUCCGGAACAGCAACUUCAGCCCGAACAUCUCGACGCGCAACUCGUGCAAGACGCUCAAGUGUCCGCAGUGCAACUGGCACUACAAGUACCAGGAAACGCUCGAGAUACACAUGCGCGAGAAGCACCCGGACGGCGAGACGGCCUGCAGCUACUGUCUGGCCGGGCAGGCCCAUCCGCGGCUGGCGCGCGGUGAAUCGUACACUUGCGGGUACAAACCGUACCGCUGUGACAUCUGCAACUACUCCACCACGACCAAGGGCAACCUGUCGAUCCACAUGCAGAGCGACAAGCAUCUGAACAACAUGCAGGACCUGAACGGCAUGAUGAACAAGAGCAACCAGAGCUUCCUGAACCUCGCGACGCUGCAGGCGAACGAGAAGGUGGUGAACAGCUCGCGCAACCAGUAUAUGGCGGCGGCUGCAGUAGCGGCGGCCAGUUCACCGCUCUCUUCACUGUCGGGCAAGCUCGGCGGAGGUGGCGGUGGUGGUGGUGGUGGUGGUGGCGUUGGCGGUGUUGGUGGCGGCGGUGGAGGUGUUGGUGGCGGCCCAGGCAGUGCCCAAUCGAAGGAGAGCGGCCCGGUCGGGUACGAGACGGGCGGGCGACCAAAGUCCUUCUUCAAGUGUGACAUCUGCAACUACGACACGAACAUCGCACGCAAUCUGCGCAUCCACAUGACGAGCGAAAAACAUAUCAGCAAUCUGAACUCGUUCCAGUCCAGCUUCAACCAGCUGAAGAGCCUGCAGAGCCUGCAGCAGCAGCACCAGCAGGCCCAGCAGCAGCAGCAGUCAGACAGUCUCGACUACCUGAGCGCGAUCAAUCUGAACACGCUAAAGGAGGACUCGCCGAUGGCGCGCGUGGACGAGUAUACGGCGGCGGCGGCUGCAGCGGCCGCAGUGGCGGCUGCCACCUCCGCUGGCAAUACUGGCAACAGCAACAGCAGCAACAACAACAACAACAAUGGCGGUGGUAGCAGUGGUACCAGCUCGGGCAGCCUGAAGCCUCUGUCGAUGCCGUCGUCUCCGUUCGGCGCACCGCACGAGACGGCGACGCCCGAUUCGCUCUUCCUGAACCAACCCUCGCCGUUCAGUGGAGCAAGCGAGCCGGGCACAGACCGGGACUACCACCAGCACCACCAUCAUCACCACCAGCACCAGCUGGACGAGGACAAGAACCCGCUGCACUUCGAUCCGCCGGUCCGGCUGUCGCUCGACCCCGCCACCUACUACAGCUGUCUGGUGUGUGCCGACUUCGAGACGAACAGCCUGGAGGAGCUGAAAAAGCACGUGCUGAAGGACCGGAGCAGCAGUGCGAUGGACACGAUCCUAAUCGCUGGCCAGGAGUGUCUGCUGUGCGGGCAGAAGGCCCACGACCGGGUGGAGAUGGAGCGGCACCUGAAGGCGGACCACCAUCUGCGCCGGCUCGAGCUGAUGAUCCAUCUGCUGGAGGGGCGGGACAAGGCGGCCACCAAGCUGCGCCAGUUCGUUGGCCAGGAGCUGUACAAGAAGCUGCAGCUGAUCUUCCCAUUGGCGGAGGAACCGAAAUUUGCGUACGAUGAGAUGCCAAGCGUCAGCGAAAUUUCGCGCUCUCCGCUAAUGCUGCUGCUCGAGCCAAAAACCGAGCUGAUCGAGCGGGACUACGGGACCGGCGCGAACGGUAUCGAUGAAUCAUCUUCACCGUCGUGCCCGGACAACGUACAGCUCAAGUGUAACUGCUGCAACUUCUACACCACCUCGCUGGAGAAGAUCGGCAUCCACAGCCUGUCGGAGAAGCACAUCUUCCGGCGGAUCUGUUUCGACUAUCUGCUGCUCAUCUCUAGCGAAAAGUCCAGCCUGGCGACGACCGUAAAGAGUGAAGAUGGAACAAAGCAGCAGUCCUCGCCGAAAGCUAGCCAGCUGAUGCUGACCUGCGUGCCGUGCUGCUUCAAGACCGACCACAUCUACUACAUGAUACACCAUCUGAAGAAGAGCUGCAAGGUGGAGCAGAACAUCAACCUGCUCGGGUUGCGAAACAUCUUCAAGCUGACGGCCAAAGGCUUGGACGCCCAAGAUGCAAUGGAUACGGGCGACAACGGGCUGUGCAGCAUACUGCAGGAGAAGAAGAUGUGGAACGGCGAGAACGCCAGCAACCGCCAGUCGGCCGGCGGCUGCAAGGACCGCUGCCUCGUGUGCAGCGUGUGCAACAAGUUCUCCUCGAAGAAGGUGAACGUGAUGCAGCACCUGCUGGCGAACCACAACGCCGGCAACGAGCUGCUUGGCGGGGCCGAGCUCUCCCCGGCCGUGCCGUCGCUGUCGCGCAAACCGUUCGACUAUCUGCGCACGCUGGCGGAGGCCCGCUGCGCCCAAAAUCUGCGGCUCAUCGAGAAGGUCACCUUCAUGAGCGACUCGUUCGCGCUGAAGGAAAACUGCAACGACCUGAAGCACGGCAACCUGGCGGAGAUGCUGGAGCAGUACGCGGCCCGGCAGGAUGCGGGCGACGGCUUUACUGCCGCCCGUUCGCCGCCGCUCGAGAAGCAGCAGCAGCAGCAGCAACACUCGCCGACCCUGUCCUGUCCGCUGUGUGCGGAGGCGUUCCUCGACCAAGCGACGGUCGAGACGCACGUGCUGCGCGUCCACAACAUCAAGAUGGACGGGCUGAACCGGCUGCUGAAGCUGGUCGAUACCUCGCAAUUUUUGAAAACGACCAACGGCAAACAGCAGCCGCCGCCGCCCGGCAGCAACAGCAGCAGCCCAGUGGACAAGCCAGGGUCGCCCCAUUCGCCGCAGCAGGGCGGCAAGGAGGGCUCGGUGUCGCCCGGGGGAGGCACACCGAGCAUCCGCUGCUCCUACUGCAAGGCGCCGUUCGACACGAUGGUCGACCUGAAGAUACACUGCAACGAGAGCAGCCACUUCCGGCGCAGCGCCGACUCGGACGAUCUCGCCUGCUUCCUGCACGACUGCAAGGACGCGUUCGACAACCUGGCCGAUCUGAACCAGCACUUCAAGGCGAGCCAUCUGAACUUCCUCAUCUCGGAGCACCACACGUACCGGUACCGGUGCAAGCAGUGCCCGUUCGCGUUCAAGACGCACGAGAAGCUGAGCCGGCACCUGUUCUACCACUCGCUGCGGGAGUCGACCAAGUGCUUCUACUGCGACCACCACUUCAAGAACAUCCACUCGCUGACGGCGCACAUCGCGGAGAAGCACCCGCAGGAGGCGCUGCAGUCGGGCAAACCGUCGCCGCCGGGGAUCGCCUCGCCCGACGCGUCCAUCCUGUUCUUCAAGGAUCUCAAGCGCAAGAUGCUCAACAGCCAGCAGCAGCAGCAGCGGAAUGGGUUGAGUCCGCGGUCGGAUCGGUCGGGCGGGCGGGAUGCGCGGGACAGCGUGGACGAGGAUCGGCUGAGCGAGAAGUCGGUGAGCUCGAAGAGCAGCAGCUUCUACUACGACAAGAGCCUGGACGGAAGCGGCACGUCGGAGGGUCGUUACACCUGCACCGACUGUCAGUUCAGCUUUACGGAUUCUGGGGCACUGGAGCGCCAUCUUGCGACGGCCUGUCAUAUGCCGCGCGACGACAAAGCGUCACCGGACUCGCUCGCUGCCUCGCUGAUGUCGUCCCUCGCCAAGCAUCAUCAGCAGCAGCAACAGCAGCAGCAACAGCAGCAGCAGCAGCAACACCAACAGCAGCAACAGUCCCAACACCAGCAGCAGCAGCAGCUGUCGACGUCCUCCUCCUCCUCCUCCUCCGGCCAGAUGAGCUCGCUGUUCUACGACAUCAAGUCGGAGAAGUUCACCAACCCGAACCGGCCGUUCAAGUGCACGAUCUGCAUGGAAAGCUUCACGCAGAAGAACAUCCUGCUGGUGCACUACAACAGCGUCUCCCACCUGAACAAGCUGAAGAAGCUGAAGGCGGAGAAGGGCUUCGCGCAGAUGUUUACCGGCUCGCUGCUCAGUGCGGACAUUGGCGGGGGUGAGGGCUGUCCCGAUCGGGGCAAGAACUCGCCCUCCCCGACCGUGCCGUUCGGCGAGAAGGCAGCCACACCCUUCACGAUGCCCGCCUUCGCCGAGGGAUGCGGUGGCGGCGAAAAGCGCAAGGAGGUGGGCGACGAGAAGGAGUCGGCGCGCAAGAAGUUCAAGUGCGACAUCUGCAACGUGGCGUACACGCAGGGCAGCACGCUGGACAUCCACAUGCGCAGCGUGCUGCACCAGACGCGGGCCUGUCGUAUGCAGGAGCGUAGUCUGUUCGCCGUCCAGCCGGCAGGGACGCCGCAGCAGCAGCAACCUUCGCCCCAGGGCGGCGACAGCAAGAAGAAGAGCGAGUUCCCACUGAUCCAUCCCAUCCCGGAAAGCCACGACCAGUCGCCGAACAUGCUGGACGAAGUUUCGUCGUUGCGCAAGCUCAAGUCUCCUUCGGAGCAGAUACAGCAGCAGCAGCAGCAGCAACAGCAGCAGCAGCAGCAGCAGCAGCAGCAACUGCACCAGCAGCAGGCACUCGGCCCACUGUUCUGCGGGGUGCCCGUCGGCGGCCCCGACAAGCCGGAAAUCUGCGUGUGCGAAUGCUGCUACCAGGUGUUCCCGGGUAAGCUGAUGCUCGAGACGCACCUCGAGCUGAGCCCGGAGUGUCUGGCGCACCGCAAGAAGCUGCUCGAGGCAGCCGCCGGCCUGCCGACCGAUCCGGCCGGCCCGCUGGGCUUCCCGGGCGAUGGCGUAGGCUUCCCGCACCACCACCAGGCACUGAGCGAGCUGGCCAAGGUCAACCAGGGCGGCGGUGGGUUCGAUCUGGGAGCGCCGGGCGACGCAGCCGCCCUGCUCGGCGCCAAGGGGCUCGUGCCGGCGAUGGAUCCAGCCGCCACGGCCGCCGCAGCAGCCGCCGCCGCCAACCUGAUGGAUCCGAGCUUCCUCAAGAACGCAUCGCUGCUCCAGUUUGCCGCCUCCGAUCCAACCAACAAGCUCAAUCCGAACGCGCUGAACGUGCUGAACUUCAUGCACUUCCACCAUCUGAUGUCGCUGAGCUAUCUGAAUCUGGCGCCGCAGCUAAGCUUCGGCGGCGUGCCACCGAAAGUCGACCCGACCAAGCCGGACGGUUCGCCCGGCGGUGGCGGUGAUCCCGUAGGCGGCAAGGCUGGCAAGACAGCGUCGGGCGGCUCCGUCGUACUGCCGCCGGUCAGCUUGAACGGCAAGCCGCUCGAUCUGAACCUGCUGCCGCACGGGCUGGACCCGAAGCUGGCCGCCCAGUCGCCGCAGCAGCUCGCCCAGGUACAGUCCACGCUGGGGCAGCAGCAGCAGCAGCAGCAGCAGCAGCAGCAACCGUGCACGCAGAAGCGGGCCCGCACCCGCAUCACGGACGAGCAGCUGCGCAUCCUGCGCUCCCACUUCGACAUCAACAACUCGCCGAGCGAGGAGAGCAUCCAGGAGAUGUCGCUGAAGGCGAACCUGCCGCAGAAGGUGGUGAAGCACUGGUUCCGCAACACGCUGUUCAAGGAGCGGCAGCGCAACAAGGACAGCCCGUACAACUUCAGCAUCCCACCGUCGACGAAGCUGAACGUGGAGGAGUACGAGCGGACGGGCGAGGCGAAGGUGACCGACCUGGAGACGGCAUCGUUCAAGGCGUCCGACGUGGGCGGGUCGCUGUCGCAGGACAACUCCUGCUCGCAGGGCUCGACCGACAUGAGCAAAGCGUUGAACGAGGCGAUGAAGCAGAACCUGUCCAAGUCGCUGCUCGAGUCGCUCAGCAAGCAUCAGUCGGCGACGGGGCAGGAUUUGGUCGGGGCCGCCGCUGCCUUCCACCUGAACAAGAGCCUCUUUCCGGACAGCUUCGGCGCAGGUGUUGUGGGUGGCGGCGUCGGAGUAGGAGGCGGUGGUGUGGGCGGUGGCGGUGGUGGUGUCGUCGGUGGGCCGGACUUUUCCGGCCCCGACACGGUGGGCGUAGUGUCGGACUACUUCCAGCGGGCGGCCGCCGACGCCCUGGCCGGGGGCCCCCUUGGGAGUCCUCUGUCGAUGGGGGGCGGUAACGGCGGCUCGUUGACGGCUGGAAAUGGUGGCAGCGGUGGCGGCGGCGGCACAGGCGGCGGUGGCGGUGGUGGAGGCAACGUCGGUGGCAAGAAGAAGAAGAUCAAGUCGGAAUCGUCCAACGACAGCCCGACGCCGGCCGACCUGCAGCUCGACUCGUCCAACUCUAGCCCGAUGCCGAUGCGGCCGCCGAGCGCGAUCUCGCUCAAGAAGCACAUGGCCACGCCGCCGUCGCUCGUGGGCGUCGGGGACGAGAUGAAGAUACCGAGCCCGAUCGAGAGCCCGGUCAUCUCGCCGCCCGGCUCGAUGGGGCUGCACGCGCUGCCCCCGCAGACGCAGCCGAUCACCUGCUCGAACGGCAAGCGGGCCAACCGGACGCGCUUCACCGACUACCAGAUCAAGGUGCUGCAGGAGUUCUUUGAGAACAACUCCUACCCGAAGGACAGCGACCUGGAGUACUUGAGCAAGCUGCUGAUGCUGUCGCCCCGCGUCAUCGUCGUCUGGUUCCAGAACGCUCGCCAGAAGCAGCGCAAAAUCUACGAAAACCAGCCGAACCCGACGUUCGAGUCGGACGAGAAGAAGGCGAUCAACAUCAACUACACGUGCAAGAAGUGCAACCUGGUGUUCCAGCGGUACUACGAGCUGAUCCGGCACCAGAAGAACCACUGCUUCAAGGAGGAGAGCAACAAGCGGUCGGCCAAGGCGCAGCUGGCCGCCGCCCAGAUCGCCCACUCCUUCACCAGCGGCAGCGAGGACUCGGACUCGAGCCUGGACGUCAGCCGGCGCGAGUUUCAGCCGCGCGAGAACGACUGCCCUUUCUAGGAGCCGUGGGGCGGCUGGCGGGCCCCGGCCAGCAUGCAGCACUAAGGGGCAGCAUGCCGCGCGCCGUGGCGUCCCUUAAGCCUCCCCCUUUUACUUACCCCGCCUUCCCCUUCAUUCCGCGCUGUUUUAGGGUUUGUGAACCCUUACCGAGGGUAAUAUUGCUUCCAGUGUCCUCCCCCAUUUCCCUCAAAAGCUCCUAAAAUUGUUCCUUUCUUGCCCCAAUAUGCUCCCCUCUCUCUCUUUCCAUCACUGUAUCCUCGUUGAAGAAACAGAAAAAAAAACACCUCGCACCUCUCGCGGCGUGGCCGGCGGCUAGUCUUUUUUUUAUUUGAUUGCUCCCUUUUGCAAAUCUUUUCCAGUUUUAUUUUUACUUUAUUUUUGAUCAAUGCUCUCCGUUGCUUUAGGUUCCUUUUUUUUGCUCUUUUGUUUACUUUUUUGCCGCACCGCCGUCGAGAUCGUUUUUUUGUUUUUCGUUAACUUAUAUCGUUAGGAUUUUAGCUUCAUUUUCUUUCCUUUUUUUGGUUAGUUUUGUCAAGCUUUUCUAAAAAAAAACAAAACGAAAAAUCAAACUCGUCACCACACCUAGCAAGGAUUAGACUUAAUGUGCCGUCAUUUUUUUUUUUUUUUGUGAGCCAAGCCAAUGGGAAAACUAACAAAACGCUCCAUAUUCCCUCUGUCCCGGGCUCCACGUCCUGCCCCGUUGCCCACCAAAACCGGGCGGAGCAGAACGGGCCUGUGGCAAACACGGGGAGGGAACCACCCGCCAUUGAAGCAUCGCGCGUUUCAAUAACUGUAAUCGAUUGAUGUGUUAACUUGCUCCUCGCCUUGAUUUGCUAGUGAAUGAAAAGUCGUUAUUUUUGUUUUAUGUGUUUUUUUUUGCGUAAACGAAGAAGAGAAGAAAACAAACAAAUCAUAUAAUUUAUAGGUGAUCGUUCUUGCAUCGUUCAUUUUUGUACUAGAUUUUUUUGUUUCUACCUAUUAUUAUUCUUGUGUGAGUGAAGGGUUUUCUUUCUUUCCGUUUUCUUCCCGUUCCAUCGCUGAGCGCGAAGAAAACAGAGAAGAGGAAAACGACGACGAAGUAGAAGAAGAAGAAGAAGAAAACACUUGAGUUGUAAAACUUAGAACGAGACAAUGAGUCGAAAAUCCCCGCAUCAAAUGUAAUGUGAAAGUUCCUAAAACAAAAGAUCGCAAAUAUUAAGAAUUUAGUUAGAAGAAGAAGAAGAAAAAAAAGAGGAAACUAAGAAACAAA